GAACAAAGAAAAUCGAAAAAAUUGAAGGGAAGAAGAAGAAGAAGAAGAAGAAGAAGAAGAAGAAGAAGAAAGAGCAGCUACUGAAGAAGUAGGUUUUCUUCUAAUUUCAUUACUGCACCAGUCUUCCAUUCAACCUCAUCCUAGGGAGAGAGAGAUGGAUGAUUAUCAGGAGAUGGAGAGGUUUGGUAUGGAGAAUGAUUUCGAUGAUGGGCAAUGGAUUGGCGGCGAGUUUUAUUACCGAAAGCGCAAAGAGAAGAGGUCGCAAACGAAAGACGAUGUUCUAUAUGGUGUCUUUGCGACUGGUUCGGAUUCGGACUCUGAUGCUGAUGGUUUUUCGUCUCGGAAGCGCCGCAAGGACCGCGACUUGUCUAGGAAGCCUGACCUCACCAAGCCCGUCAAUUUUGUAUCCACCGGCACCGUCAUGCCCAACCAGGAGAUCGAUAAGAUUGCCAAGGAUGGAGAUACUGACAUUGUGGACGAUGACCGGCCUGGCCUUGGCAUGGGCUCUAGCACUUCUGGUUCUGGCUUGGGCUUUAAAUCGUCAAAUUCUGACAGAAAUCUCAAUGGGUUUAAGGAGAAUGGUUCUACAGUCGAUGGAGAUGAAGAUGAUAACGACUUCUUUUUGCCCACUGCGUUUGGGAGAAAGAUCAAGGAGGGAGCUGAAAGGAGAGAGAGGGAAAGAGUGAGAUCACAGAUAGAGAAGAAAAGUCAAGUUGUGGCUGGGAGCAGAAAAAAUUCUGACCUUGGGAAUGUUGGAGGGUUUGAGAAGCAUACCAAGGGUAUCGGUCUGAAGCUACUUGAAAAAAUGGGAUACAAGGGAGGUGGGCUUGGGAAAAACGAGCAGGGGAUUGUAGCUCCCAUCGAAGCUAAAAUGAGGCCUAAGAAUAUGGGUAUGGGUUUCAAUGACUUCAAAGAGGCGCCUAAGAUACACGCUUUGCAGGAACGGGAGGAGAAAACAUUGCCCCAACCAACGGGCAAGCCAAAGGAGAGGCUAUGGUCGAAGCAAGUAAGGUCUAAGAAAAAGAAAGAAGCAUAUAUAACAGCUGAGGAAUUACUGGCUAGCAAGCAGGAUCAGGCAGUGGAGGUUGUUCAAAAGGUGUUUGAUAUGCGUGGGCCUCAGGUGCGAGUGUUGACAAAUUUAGAGAACUUGAAUGCUGAAGAGAAAGCCAGAGAAAAUGACAUCCCUAUGCCGGAGCUGCAGCAUAACGUGAGGUUGAUUGUGGACUUGGCCGAGUUGGAUAUUCAAAAAAUUGACAGGGAUUUGAGAAAUGAGAAGGAAACUGCACUUAGCUUGCAGGAAGAGAAGGAAAAGUUUGAGAUUGAGUUGGCUCGACAGAAGAAGCAGUUGGAUAAUAUGGAAGAAAUUAUGAGAAUGCUAGAACGAAUUGAAGAAGAUAAUUCUGGUGGAACAUUGACAUUAGAUGCACUUGCGAAGUGCUUCAGUGGCUUGCAGAGAAAAUUUGGUGAUGACUACAAGUUAUGUAACUUGUCCUGCAUUGCAUGUUCAUUUGCCUUGCCUUUGUUCAUUAGAAUAUUUCAGGGCUGGGAUCCCCUUCAAAAUCCAUCCCAUGGAUUAGAAUUGAUAUCGUUGUGGAAGACUCUGCUUCAAGAUGAAGAUUGUCUUGACAUCUGGGAUGCGACAUCGCCUUAUACUCUCCUGGUUUCAGAAGUUGUGCUGCCUGCAGUAAGAAUCUCUGGCAUAAAUACUUGGCAGGCUAGGGAUCCUGAACCGAUGCUUCGAUUCUUAGAGUCUUGGGAAAAGUUGCUGCCUCCUUCAGUCCUUCAUACCAUAUUGGAUAAUGUUGUCAUGCCUAAACUGGCAAGUGCUGUAGAAUUGUGGGAACCUCAGAGAGAUCCUGUUCCUAUCCACAUGUGGGUACAUCCAUGGCUGCCAUUGUUAGGGCAUAAGCUGGAGGGUAUGUAUCAGGUCAUACGUACGAAGUUGAGUUUUGUUCUUGGUGCUUGGCACCCAAGUGAUGGUUCUGCCUAUACUAUAUUAUCACCUUGGAAAGCGGUGUUCGAUUCUGCUAGUUGGGAGCAGCUAAUGCGUCGAUUUAUAGUACCUAAAUUGCAGCUUGUCUUGCAAGAGUUCCAAGUAAAUCCAGGAAAUCAGAAACUUGAUCAGUUCUACUGGGUUACUAGUUGGGCUUCUGCUAUACCUAUUCACAUCAUGGUUGAUAUGAUGGAGAAAUUUUUCUUCACCAAGUGGCUACAGGUAUUGUAUCACUGGUUAUGUUCAAAUCCAAAUUUUGAGGAGGUUACAAAGUGGUACAUGGGCUGGAAAGAACUCUUUCCAAAGGAGCUUCUGGCUAAUGAAAGUAUCCGGUAUCAGCUUAGCUGUGGCCUGGAUAUGAUGAAUCAAGCUGUUGAAGGGAUGGAGGUGGUUCAGCCAGGUCUGAAAGAAAAUAUUACAUACCUCCGUGUUCUUGAGCAACGGCAGUUUGAAGCUCAGCAGAAAGCUGCUGCACAAGCUAAACAACAAGGUUCAGCUGGCAUGGGCAAUGCUUCACAUUUGGAUGGUAUGGGUGGUACCCUCGAGAUGACUCUGAAAGAAGUACUUGAGGCCCAUGCCCAACAGCAUGGUUUGCUCUUUAAGCCUAAACCUGGAAGGAUGCACAAUGGGCAUCAGAUAUAUGGCUUUGGAAAUGUAAGUAUAAUAGUGGACGCUCUAAAUCAAAAAGUAUAUGCCCAAACCGAGGAAUCGUGGUCCCUAGUAUCCCUUGAACGAUUGCUGGACAUGCACAAUAGUUCUACAGCAAAGAGACGAUAGAUGUAAGCUUAACAUAACUUUUUGAAGAGUUUCCCAUAUUGUGAAGCAACUUUAAGCAGUGUUUAGAACAUGUAGACUGCUUGUACUAUAGGAGAACAUAUAAGGUUAGUAUGCCUUUAAUCUCUCAGCCAUUAGUGGGCUAGUCUUUUUCAUCGUUAGAUAUGAUCUUAAAAUUCUUUUUUCAUCAAUAUGUACUGAAAUUUUUUCUUUCAUGUGAAUUACUAUCUUAUCAUUAA